UGCAGCAGGCUGUGGGUUAAAUUCCCUGUGCGCAGAGAUCUGUCACAGCUGGACGAUGUCUGGAGGACGAGUGCUUUUGUGGACACUGAUCCUGAACGGGCUGCACGUCUCAGUGAGCCAUGGUCUAAGGCUGAACGUGGAGCAGGACUAUGAGGUGGUGCGGCCGCUCAGACUUCACACAGUCAACAAGAGAGACGCAGAGACCCACAGACCACACAGGGUUAAAUACGCUGUGACGGUGAGAGGACAACCACUGGAGCUGCACCUGGAGAGGAACACAGAAUUACUCACCAAAGACUACAGUGAGACUUAUUACCUUAAAGAUGGCACACCUGUCACCACCACUCCAGACGACAUCGAUCACUGCUACUACCAAGGGAGGAUUGUGGGAGACGGAGCAUCAGAGGCGAGCGUCAGCACGUGCGACGGGCUCAGAGGGUACUUCCGGACGUCGCAGCACAGGUUCCUGAUAGAGCCUUUGACCUCUGACCCUGAGGGGGAUCACGCCGUGUUUAAGGUCGCUGAACAGGAGAGCGCCACUCCAGCCACGUGUGGAGUCACCAACUACACAUGGGCCACGAACGAAGAGCCACCCAGCAGAACAAGAUCUAUGGCUGGGUCCAUCGUGUUUCAGCAGAAGUACAUGGAGCUCUACCUGGUGGCUGAUAAAAGAGAGUACGUGAAGAUGAACAAUGACAUAAAAAAACUGCGACAGAGGCUUUUUGAAGUGGUCAACUUCGUCAACAUGGUGUACAAACCACUGCUGACCUUCGUGGCCCUGGUGGGGGUGGAAGUUUGGAAUGUCGAUGACAAAAUUGCGAUUAGUUCCAACACUGAACAAAACCUGAACUAUUUCAUGGACUGGAGAAACAAGAAUCUGGCCAACACCAAGCACGACUGCGCCCACCUCAUCAGUGGGAUAGACUUCGAUGGCAGCACAGUUGGACUGGCGUUUGUCGGAGCCUUGUGUACAGGAUACUCAGUGGGCGUGGUCCAGGAUUACACUGAUCUGAGUUCAGCGAUAGGGGCCACUCUGGCUCAUGAGCUGGGACAUAACCUGGGCAUGUCCCACGACUCCACCUCCUGUGAGUGCUCCGGGGCCAACUGCAUCAUGGAGCCUUCUGUCAAGAGCUGGAGUAUUCCUGAGACCUUCAGCACCUGCAGUCGCUCCAAUUACGAGAAAUACCUUCAGGACGGGAGUGUGAACUGCCUCCUGGACAAACCCGACUACCAAAUCGUACUGACGCCCCCUGUCUGUGGGAACGGCUUUUUGGAGAAGGGAGAGCAGUGUGACUGUGGCACUGUCAAAGAGUGCACCAACCGCUGCUGUAACGCCUCCACCUGUACCUUCAGCGAGGGCUCACAUUGUGCAGAGGGAGAGUGCUGUCAGGACUGCAAGAUCGCGGGGCGCUCUCGUGAGUGUCGUCCUCAGCAGGAUGAGUGUGACCUGGCUGAAUACUGUGAUGGAGAGAGCGCGCUCUGUCCAGAGGACGUGUUCAGUGUGAACGGUCUGCCCUGUGACAACGAAAAGGGAUUCUGCUACAACGGACAGUGUCCCCAGAGACAGACCCAGUGUGUGAAGAUGUACGGACCAGCUGCCGUAGAGGGAGGUGCCAACUGCUUUAAAAUCAACACAGUGGGAAAGUACUACGGAUACUGCAAACGACCUUCAAAUACCCUGUACAUCGCCUGUCCUCUACAGGACAUAUACUGUGGGAAGCUCUUCUGCCUCGGUGGAACUGAAUACUCGAUUUACGGAGGAUAUUUAAAAGUCGGCGACUGUAAAGCUACGAACUUCCCAGACUUCACCAAAGAUUACGGACAAGUCGAGACUGGGACAAAAUGUGGAGCAGAAAAGGUGUGCGUUCAAAACGAGUGUGUGGACCUGGAGACGGCCUACAAGACGGCAGACUGCUCAGCCAAGUGUCCGGGCCGCUCACUGUGUAACCACCGGGGGGAGUGCCAGUGUGAACCGGGGUGGAUGCCUCCUUACUGUGACGUAGAAGACAAGGACUUCAGCUCUGCCACUGCAGAGACUCUCAGCCCUGGUGCGAUCGCUGGCAUCUCUGUGGCCGUGAUCUUUGUCGUGUCUUGUAUCAUCGCUGGGAUCAUUUUCUUUGUGAAGAAAAACUGAAGCUGUGGAAAAACCAACAUGACAAGAAUAUUUGACCUAAGCCAUCCUCUCAACAACAGAUCUGACAGUGCCAUCUUCUGGACAACUUUGGAAACUGCACCUCAUUGGAGAAAGCUUUAUUUUUUUCAUUCUAGUUUUUCUUUUUUAAAUUGUAAUUAUUUGUAUUUUUAAAACAGAACAAUCCAAUAAUAAUAUGAACUCAUUCGAUGUCACGUUUAAAAUUUGAGGAUGCAAUAAAAAUAAAAGGUGCACAGUGCGGCGUCGA